AUGUUCUGCACUUUUGUCAUUACGCCUAUUGCGCAGUCAUCACGAUUAUUAUCUCUUCUGCUCACGCCGAGUCUGUCAACACCAUUUGCCACUGUGGCUACAGGAUUAGAAAUUGUCGGCACACUUGCCGCUCUAUAUCAGCUGAUUGAUUUAUCAGUAGAGUUCAUAACCGAGUGGAAGGCUGUGUACGAUGGCGCGCGCACUGCUGAAAGCUACAUGAAAGAACAUGCCCAAAACUUGGCCGAAGCCUGUAAACUGACCCAGGCGCGUUAUCAGACUAUCGGCUCUUAUGAAAAGCUGUCUGAUACUGAAAGGGGUGUUCAGAAGACUGCAAAAAAAUGUCGCGCUUCUGCUCAAGCACUGUUUGGAGAGCUAAGCUUCCUGGAAACGGAACAGGAGAGCAACAACUGCAUGGGGCCCGUCAGAUAUGUGGUCAAGUCCAAGCUUCACCGCAAGAAGAUCGAAAGGAUAGAGGCUAGGUUCAAGAAUAAUCAGCAGGAGUUGCAAAUAAUAUUGCAAUCUGAGAUUCUUUCACAAAAUAAGGCCAUGCAGUAUCUUGAGAUGGAGAGAUUCGCGAGUUUGGAGGAAGACAUACGGAUUCUGAUUGAGCAGGGAUCCAAGGGCUUCUUCGGGCUAGAGGCAUUCAUCGAAGCCCAGCAUGAGGCAACAAACAAAAUCGUCAAAAGUCGGCUUGUUGCGACAGACAAUCUUAUCGUCCAGGAAUUCUCGAAAGCACAGCAAGGGAUCAAAGACUCCGCGGCUGAAGUACAGCGCAAAGAGUUUCUCGAAAGCUUUAGAUAUCCAGAGAUGAACAAGCGGUACAACGACAUUUUGGAUUCCAGUGAUGCCAACUUCGAUCGAGUCUUUACAUCUUACGAAAAGGUUACGAAGCACGAUCAGAGAUCCGUAUUAUCAAAAGAUGACAGCAGUCAUCCUAGCUCUGAAGCUAGCGAAUAUGACCCAAGCCAUGGCGACUUUUCCGAUAUCGACAGUGACGAAUUGAGAGCUAUUGACAAGUCAUGGUCAAACUUCAUCAACUGGCUGAAAUCUAGAGACUCGUUAUUCUGUAUCCAAGGAAAGCCUGGGUCAGGUAAAAGUACUUUGAUCAAGUUUGUGAUCGAUAACGAAAACACCCAACGACUCCUUGAGCAUCAAAGUUCCGACAUUGUCAUCAUGUCCCAUUUCUUUUGGAAGAUUGGAAGCGAGGAACAAAGCACCAUCAAAGGCUUUUUAUGUUCCUUGGUUCAUCAGUUGUUAGCUCACAGUGAGAAUUUACAGGAGCUCGCGAUGCGCCUAUAUGAUACGGUUUCUCACAAAAGCUAUCAUGACUGGUCUUCCAAACCCCUCAAAAGCCCUCUUCGCCAGGUCUUGGAAGCCAAAAGCCAUGCCAUCUGUGUCUUUGUCGACGGUCUUGAUGAAGUCGCGAAUGAUGACGGCCUUGAUAAGCUGACGCGGGAGAUUGAAGAAAUCCUCCAAUUUCCUGGAAUCAAGAUUUGUGUUUCUAGCCGCCCAGAAGCAUCAGUGGUGGAAUGGCUCGAGAGACUGAAUGCCCCUAGCAUUUUACUUGAGGAUCUUACCAGGCCUGAGAUGAGCAGCUACGUUCAUCAAGGCCUGGAUCCCUUGCUAUCUUCGAAGAAACUCUCAAUGGAGACCCAUCGAUAUCUAUGUGAUGAAAUGGUUCGAAAAUCACAGGGGGUCUUUUUAUGGCUCUUUUUGGUGUUAAGAAGCCUCAUAGAAGGCAUAGAGAACAGAGACCCCGAUCAAAUACUUAUCAAGCGUCUUGCUGAGCUACCUAGCAAGAUACAUGACCUUUAUGCUGACUUAUGGGAACGCCUGAAUGAGAGGAGCCCAGUAUAUAGAAGAGACGCAGUCCGGUUUGUUCAGUAUGUUUUGACGAAGCAAGGCCAGGCAAUAUACUUCCGGCUUCAAGAACACCCUGCAGAGGAACGCUUUUAUGUCCGCCAACCCGUCUUGGGACAAAUCGCCUUUGCAGAGAUGCCUGAUAGACACGGAGGCCUCCUGAAACAUGGAGACAGAAUAGACUCCAAGGAAUUACAAGAAGCCUGCGACAUGCAAGAAAUCAAAUCGAAAUCAAGUGUGGUGGUCUACUACAUAUUCGCAAGCAAGAAAAAGGAAUACCACCACAUGAUACCAACGACCUCCUCAUGCAGCAAGUGGGUUUUAUCCACCGCACAGCUCAUGACUUCUUCACCGAGACAGAGGUUGGAAGAUCAAUCUUGCAGGCAGAUUCUGUAG